AUGGUUGACAACUACAUCCGAGAGAGCUAUAUCUUCAAUGCAGGGUCAUUGGGACAUAUCGAAGGUUUAACCAUCACUUCUCAUGGUUCUCCAGCCGUACACUACUUUGGCGGUCUUCCUUACGCUCUGCCCCCGACUGGACAGUGGCGCUUCCGUGUCCCCCGGCGGCUCCCCAAGGAUUACCGAUACGGCACAGCAACCGAGCCAGGGAAGUUCACAGAUGACACGAGGAUCUGCCCCCAGCCUCCAAGUAGCAAUACGCCUCACCCUUCUAUCGUCAACGAAGAUUGUCUGCAACUCAACAUCUGGGUACCUGCUGGUCCUCCUCCCAAAGAUGGCUGGCCGGUAUGUUUCUACAUUCAUGGGGGUUUCCUUCAAGUCGGUACAAGCAACACAAAGCCGGAAGACCUGGUGUCACUUCUAAGCGAAUCUACAUUCGGCGCAAUCAUGGUCCUGCCAUCAUAUAGGCUCAAUGUGUUUGGAUUCCUCGGGAGCAGGGAAUUAGCCGCCGAAGCGAGCUCUAAUGGAGAAGCUACAGGAAACUAUGGUCUAUGGGAUCAGAGAAUGGCUCUAGAAUGGACGCACGAGAACAUAUCCUUCUUUGGCGGUGAUCCUGCAAACAUCACAGUCGCCGGUUACUCCGCCGGCGCAUACUCGAGUUUUCAACAACUAGCCCAUGAGCUAUUCCGUGUUCCUGAAGAAAAGGCAAUCAUAAGACGAGUCGCGAUGUUUUCUAACAGCACAGGUGUUAGGCCCAAGGGUUUACAGGAUCAACAGCCACAAUUCGACGAAUUACUGACGAGGCUCGGCAUCAAUUUGGCUCUUUCAGGCGAGGAGAAACUGACCAGUCUACGAGCUGUUCCUCAUCAUAAACUCGUCCAGGUCCAAAACGGGAUGAGAAUAUCAGAGUUUCGUGUCUUGGCAGACGAUGCUUUCUAUCCAGCUGACCUCAUUGACAGAAUAAACAAUGGGGAAUUUGCCAGGAAAAUGAAGGACCGUGGUAUCACUCUGAUUAACGGCGAGUGCGAGAGUGAGCAUACCAUGUAUCGUCGCUGGCGCACCCCUCAAGAGUCUUAUUCCGCCGUGUAUCAACGCUUCUCAGCAGAAUUCGCCCCAGAAGUUACAAAGAAGAUCAUGGACCACUACUGUGGACCCUCUCAGACGUUACCAACAGAGUACGCAAACUGGGAGGACUUCUUCGGGCGCAUCUACGCCAAUAUCCAAGUUCACUAUCUUCAACGGGGCUUCCAUAACGCCUUAUUCGCAGGGGGCCUCGAAGCUGGUAAAGAUGUUUUUCGCUAUCGAUUUGAGAGAAGACUUGACUGCGUAGCGGAGAAGAUUCCUGCCGAGUGGGGAGUUACGCAUCUCACUGACGUUCCCAUCUGGUUAUGGGGGUGCGGAUACGAAGGGGGUCUGAGCGUCCAAGAGAAAGAGUGGUUGAAGGAUUGGAAUGAGGGUUUUGCGGCAUUUGUUAAGGGCGAUGAAGUCAAUUGGGGGACUACUAGGCCUAAAGAUAUGAGAAGAUGGAGAAGUGAUGGUGGGACUGAUGUUUGGGAAGAUAGCUCAUGGGAACGCGGUGUUGAGUUUUGGAAGCUUGUAAAUUCAGGUCAUGAAAGAACAGACAGAAAGGCGAGUUAUUAA